CUUAGGUGGAGGGGUGGUGCAGCAAGCAGCAGUGAGCUUCAAGACCAUCCUGCUGCACCCUGUUCAGUCUCUGCCCUCCUCCUGACCCGCCAUGUGGGAGGCACGCUUAUUCUCCUUUUGGAGAGCUGUUUUUGCUGAGUUCUUCGGGACUAUGUUCUAUGUGUUUUUUGGGCUGGGGGCUUCCCUUCGCUGGAUUGUUGGCCCCUUAAACGUUCUACAAGUGGCCCUGGCUUUUGGCUUGGUAGCAGCUACCAUGGUGCAGUCUCUAGGCCACGUGAGUGGUGCCCACAUCAACCCAGCUGUCACCAUGGCCUUUCUGUUGGGUUCGCAGCUUUCCCUCUUCCGUGCUGUCUUCUACGUGGUGGCCCAGGUGUUGGGAGGACUGGCCGGUGCAGCUGUGCUUUAUGGAGUCACCCCGACAGCACUACGGGGUAACCUGGGACUCAACACGAUGCACCCUAGUAUAAACGUAAGUCAAGCUACCAUUGUGGAAAUCAUCCUGACCCUACAGUUUGUCCUCUGUGUUUUUGCCACCUACGACGAGAGACGUAAUGGACGCAUGGGAUCAGUGGCCCUGGCAGUUGGAUUCUCUCUCACACUUGGACAUCUCUUUGGGAUGUACUACACAGGAGCUGGCAUGAACCCUGCCCGAUCAUUUGCCCCAGCUGUCAUAACCCGUAACUUCACCAACCACUGGGUAUAUUGGGUUGGACCAAUUAUUGGUGGUUUGAUGGGUGCCUUUUUGUACGACUUCAUCUUAUUCCCUCGGAUGCGUAGUAUCUCAGAACGUCUGUCUAUUCUCAAAGGUGAUCGGCCUAUUGAAACCAGUACAUCCAGAGACCCUCCAGGGGAUCCUAUUGAGCUGAAGACCCAAGCACUAUAAACAAUGACCAUAGGGUGGCACAACCAUAGCACAUACACACACCCCUGCUCUGGGGUGAGAUGGGGCAGAAUAACUGGCCCAGUAUACAGACUGUUAUUGCUCCUGGCCAGUGGGAAGUGGUUGCACAAAGGAGGCACAAAUCAGAGGAGGAAAAUAUGUUAUCCAGUCUUUCUCUCUCAUAAAAACAAAGUAACAGAAACACAAAAAAUGGGAUAAUAGAAUGCAGAGAGUGCGGUUGGGAGGGGAGGGGGACUAUGUCAUUGCCUGAUUUUUAAACGAUUUCUUUUGCAGUGAGAAGUCUUAAAAACUGCUUUGUGGGGGGAAACCAAAGGUAUAAGAGAAUAAUAACUCUGCUUUGAAUUCUUGCAAAACUUGCAUUCCCUUCACAUCUCUUGUGCUGAGUCACCCUUUGCAGACCUCGCUGCUCUCCCUUCUGCUCCUGAGUUGUUGUGGGAGGCAGAUUGUUUAGUGUGGGAUUGCUAGAGUUCUUUGUGAGUUUGCCACUGGCAUGUUUCAUUUCCCCUGCUGCUCUUAAUAUUCUGGCUCCAGCUUUGUGGGCUGUGCCAGUGAGGUAUGAACCCUUGGCUCUAGUGGGUUUGAGGACUUGAAUAAGAGGAACAAUUCUUUCGUUCCAUGAAAGUAGCUUCCCCCUUGGAGGAAUCAUGCUCAGAUUACCUAUUGACAUAGGAUGGUGAGAGUAUUGAGAAAGAGCAAGUGACUUGUGGCCAUGUAGAAUAUAUACAUAUAUAAUUUUGGCUUGUGCAUACGUGAGAAAUAAUUUGGGGGGGAAGCAAAUGCAGAGCCAGAGUCAGAACCCCAGCAGGGAACACACAUCACUGAAUAAAGCAUGUGUUUACAUAGAGAAGGUCUCAGUUCAAUUCCUGGCAUCUUGGGUAGUGACCUCAAUAUGCUCAGUGCUGAUCUUGGACCUGCUGCUAGUGCCAGCUUUGGAUUUUUUUUUGUGUGUGUGUGUGCUACGCAAUACAAAGCUCCACUAUAAAAUUCAAAAUGCCAGGUAGGGAUUUAGCAGCUUAGGUAGGAACACCUUAUAACACCCAUUUCAAACAAUCACUAAAUCAAAAUAAGUUUCCUAAGGGGGGGAAGAAUCUAGCUUUUUAUUUAAAGUAUUUAUUGAUAUGUUUACAUAUGUGUCAUCUCUUUCCAUCAGAUGCUACUGCUACUGCUCUUUCAUUUUCCUCAUUACCCCACAUAAUUUAUCCCAGUGCUAAAAAAAUGAAGUGAAAUAGAAUUAGGGCAUGGUUUCACUUGUCUUUUAGGAUAGGGUUGCCAUAUCUGGACUGCAGAAAUCGUGACAGCCAACAGAUGGCAUCAAAAGUAUUUUAUGUUUCUCUCUGCUGCUAUCUAAUUGUCAGCUAGCCUACCACACAUAUGGGAAUUCUACUUUAAGCAGUUUGAAACUAUUCCAUCAGUCUGAGUUUAGCCUAAUUUGAAAUUAAACUUUCAAGCCCCGUGACUUCAUCCUCAAAGGCAAAUUUAGGGCAAGAGGUGAGAAGAAUAAAUUGAACACAAAGGAGACUUGAUGUUGAAUAUAAAUCUCUAUAAUCUUCUCCUCAUCAAAACCACAUUUUAUGAAUCGCUUUUUAAACUGUAGGCUCAGCCAUAGAACCUGUGAAAUGUUGUGGGCUCAAUUUUUCAUUGCUAUCGUAGUCUAUUCCAUCAUAUUCUUUGAUACCAUUUCACCUCCCUUUUCCUAUUUGCUAUCAAGACAUUGCAUGGAAAUCGUCCUUUUUUGUAGAAUCCUCUAGGACCUCAAUAUGGAGAAUCAAUAAAGCUAUUAAAGAUGAUGUACUUUUUAGAACUUAAAAUUUUGCUCAGAUGCUCAAAAUAAGGAAGAGCAUAAACUCUGACCAAACCAAACCAAACUACUACUAUUCUUUAUCAAAUUAACAAAUGAAACAGUAUACACUCAAGAGCCCCUAAAUCCAGCCUCUUCAUUAAUGAAAACUAAUCUCUGGUCUGAUCAGCGUGCUUAGUAAUACAAAAUCUUACAAUCUUCCAUUCAUAGCUCACCUUGCUUCCAUGGAAGUCAGGUUUAUACCUCUAUGGCUUGGCUUACUCAGCAGGCUAAGCUGUAUUUUAAAAGCAUAAUUUGUUGCCCAGUGAUUGGUUUCAUACAGUACAUCAUCCUAUACCCGUGGUUCUCAACCUGUGGGUCGGGACCCCAUUUGGGGUCAAACGAUCAUUUCAUGGGGGUCGCCAAACAAGGCUGUCAGCCAUUUUUCCCCCCUUUUCUUUGGCCACGCCCCUGAUACCCAGUGAUGUAUAAGUGGUUGGGGGUCACCACAACAUGGGGAACUGUAUUAUGGGGUCACGGCAUUAGAAAGGUUGAGAACCACUGUCCUAUACUAUAAACUAGAACGACCAGAUUCUAGCACCGUGCUAUGUCAAAUCUGAAGUAACCACAUUAUGAUUUAGUAGAGUGUACACGCUUGGCCAAUAUUAAAAGAUUCACAUAUAAAUUAUUGGUCUUCUAAAAAAUAUACAUCUUGUCAGGAAAUCUGGCAUCUUUACUGGAGUAUCUGUUUCAAAAGUUCAGAAAAAUUGCUUGAAAAAAUGAGUAAGAUUUUUUUAAAAAUUAAAAAAUUAGAACGAUCAAUAAGAGAAUAUUUGCAGCUCAGGGUUGAACUGUGGGGUCCUUGGUACUCUCUAAGCUUGGCUGCAAGUUCAGGGAGCACUAGGCACCCCACAUUGGAGCAAUCUUCCAGUUCUUGCUGACAAAAAAUGAGUACGGCUUUUAGAAAAAGUUAAGGAUAGGGAAGCUUUUGGCUGAUCUAUUAAUUUUUCUUUUUGGGGAGGGAGUAUCAGCAUACGUAUACUCAGCUAUUUAAAGCGGGAGACCAAGAUCUGAUGGGAGGAGGGUUGAAUCACCUUGUUUUAUAGAUAGAACAACUAUAUAUCCCUGUGUAAGAGCCUUGAAUGCUGCUUUCUGGACUUUCCAAAAGUUUCUAAUUGCUAUAUGUUGUAAAUACGAUGCCAACUAAUUUGGUCCAGCAGAAUUUCUCUCGUAGUUAGGUGAACUAUUUAUUUUACCCUGCAGGGUGGUUUUUUUAAGGCUCCUUAUCUUUAACAGCAGCUUUUCCAACCAAAUAGGUUGGAAGUGCAGUUCCAAAGUAUUCCCAGAUAUCAUUGGGCUUACUGAGAUCUAGGAGUUGCAAUCCAAUAUAUUGGAGGGGGCCAAAUUAAGAAAGGCCAAAAUGUGAGUACAAAGUGGUUUAUUUACUGGUCAGGAAGUUCUAAUAGUAGAUGCGUUUUAAGAGAUUUCACAGACAAACUAUUGGAAUGAAAAAAUGGGUGACCAAUAUCUCAAAAGAAAAGUGGGGAGGGAGGGUAUAGCAGAUGAUGUCUGGGGCAUGCUUAUGAAUUCUGCGGUAUUAAUAUUUGAGGUAGAUCCUAUUUUCAGAUGUUUUGGUGUGAACUGUUUUUUCUCUCUCAAUCUCUCUACAACUGUUAUAACAAAAAUGGUGUAAAUUCAAGGUCAGUCACCAAAAUUAACUUGGAAUCACUCCACCAGAGUCAUUUUAUUCGGAUUGAUUUGCACUGCAGUUAGAAAUUAUUCCAUUCAGAUUAUUUACAGGAUAUGACAAUUUAUUUUUUAUGUCUUGCUUUUAUUUCUCCUGCCACUCGUGUGGCCAAGAUGUUCAUCUUUUUCAACGAGCUGUUUAACUUUCUGUUUCACAGGUAUAAAUAAUUCUUUUA